UCACAGUGACAACAGGGUGCAGGCAGCUGGGGGAUCAAACCUGUGAAGACAUGGCUGCUGAGGACAGGGACGACAAGAGACAGAAGGUUUACAGGACACCCAGCGCUGGACUGUGGACUGCUACUGGGCUGGUGAUGGUUUAUUUGGUGUUGGCUGUGGCGGUGUCCAUCUUGAAGGAAUCAGGACAUCUCCUAAACAACCAGAGCUUUGAAUGUGGGCACAGUGAGGAGUCCCGGCUGACCCAGGAGACCUUUCUGGUGUCUCUGUGUACAGGCAUGGCUGUGCCCAUCUGUUUCAUGCUACUGCUGAACAUCUGGAUAAAGGGGACCUUUUACGCACCACUGUCACUGUUUGCGAUCUUUGUCGUGUUUGUGGCUAUGACCGUUUCCUUUGCAAAGACUUGGGAGAAAGAGAAUCAGGACAUAGAAGCAUUUAAAGAUCGAUACCUGGAACUGAUUCCUCUGACUGACGUACCCGGAAUAUCUCAAUCUCAUGUGAAUGAUAAGAACUGUACAAUGCUCAGUAACGUUUACCGCUGGCAGGCUGAGUUUAAAUGUUGUGGACUUGAAGGCUAUCAGGACUGGGGGCUUGUGAUCCCAGAUUCCUGUUUGUGUGAAGGAGAGGACAAGAGCACUGGAUGUGUUGGAGCUGGAAACAGUCUAGUUUACGAGAAGCCUUGUCUCCCUACAGUCCUCUCCUUUGUAGAAAAACGUAGCUCCACCCUUUGGACCGUCAUGAUAACUUGGAUCACUGUCGUCGGUGUUCCAGCUUCCAUGUUUGUGUUCCUCAUGGCGCGGUGCUGUUGUUGGUUGUGUUGUGAAGACUGCUACCACAAACUGAGCCUUUGGAUUUUCAAACUGAGGGGAGGAGUGGAGAUGAUCCCAGUGGUGUUCAUCAGAAAGGACAAUGAUACGCAGCCUGAGGAGGAAGAUGGGAACGAUGAGGAGGAAAGAGAAAGCUGCAGUAAUGGCGUGGUGGUGGAUGUUUCCCUGGAGAAAAAUGCAGUCACCAUGAUUCCGCUGUCAGAGCUGAGGAGGCUGCAGGAGGAGCUGGAGCCGCCUCCUGUCCAGCACCAGGUUCGGUGUCUGUGCAUCAUCUCCCAAAAACCCCGCAGCUUCUACACGGUGAUGAUAGAGGAGGGCUCCCCGCUGCUGCCCGCCGACGCCGUGCUGGCCGACGCCAACAAACCCAGCACGUGUGUUUGGGCCGACGGACACCACGUUUUCUCAUUGGAGGACAUUGUUUGGCCGAAAGAGAGCGAAAAGAGAAGCAGCCUGCCAUUGUAGGGUGACACUGUACAACACUGUGCACACUGAAAAACAUCCAAUCCAAAGAAUUGUGUUUUUUUAGACAAAGGCAGGAGACAGAAGAAGACUAAAAGAAAAAACUAAAAGAAUUUAAACUUUCAGCAGUCAGAUUUCAAACAUUUACAAAUAAGUGCAAAGACAGAAUAUUUAACAAGUGAGGCAGGAAAGGAAAAGCUAAUGUAGGCUGUGGUUACAGUGAUAGAGGCCUUGCGUGUCUUUCUCUUUGCAUGUGCUUUGAGUCACUCUCUUUAAAUUCAAGUACAAAAUAAUUAAAUAUUAGAAAAGAAAACUUAUUUUCAGACUUUCACCAUCAAGAUCAGAUAUUUCUAUGUUUCAUCAAACCCUGAGCAUCCUGGUACUAGU